UCAUCUGCCAGGCCGUAUCGCGCCGACUAAAUCGUAAGCAUUUGUAGCUACAUCAGCGACAGCAUGGAGGUUUCGCAGUGCGACGAUCAGUUGCGAUCAUUCGCGCGGCACUAUAUCAUGAAGAGAGCAAGCUCAACUGCACACUCUGAAGAACCGCGACGCGAAAAAGCGACCGGGUUUUGAGCUCUCCAAAAGCGCGCGGCUUCAGGUGCGGAGUUGCUGCGGAACUGGAAGGCAUGAAGGUAAUGAAAAUUACACGUACUCAUCUCCUCGCAUAUUACGCUGCAGUGACGUUUGCCCUACACUAUGCGUCUGCUGUGGAGGAUGCGAACUGUGAAUAUGAAGAAGAAGGGGACGUCCCUCCAGACAACGUAGAUGUGUCUGGAGAAGGCUGGGACGAAUAUGUAUACAAUCAAACUCUCCGCUUAAUGGAAUUCGCUAAGGUGACGGCAUUGCUUAAAGCAAAGCUUGGAAGGUUUCCCUGCUACGACGGCGUAGGAUGUUUCAACCCGAAAGAUAAAAUGAGCCUCGAGACUGCUGGGCCCGACUCUCCCAAAGAAAUCGGCACCAAAAUAACCUUCUUCGGAAAAGGCGCACGUGAAGGAGUGGUCGUAAGCCACGCGACUUGGCCCAACGUGAUGGAGAAGAGGCGUUGGCAUAUGAGAAGGCCACUCGUCGCAAUUAUACACGGCUUUACCGAGAAUGGCCAGAGGCCCUGGGUCAUCUCCCUGAAGGACAGCCUCAUGAGAUACGCUCACUCUAACGUACUCAUUGUCGAUUGGAAGAAAGGCGCCACGUACCCUUACUACUUCAGGGGCUUCAAGAAACACGCCUGUGCCAGGUGUUCAGCUCUCGCUGCUUAUUCAAAAGAUCAUACACUCGUCGAAGCAUCGUCUGUCGCCGAAGAGUGUUCACGUCGUGGGAUUCAGCCUGGGUGCACAAGUUGCUGGCUUCUGCGGCCGGCAUUUUCACAGUGCCUUCAAAAGGAAGCUUGGGCGUAUUACAGGUUUGGAUCCCGCCGGGCCUUUGUUCGAAAACAGCAGGACAUGCAUAUCAAAAAGUGACGCACAAUUUGUUGAUGCGAUACACGUGAACGCGGGCGAAUAUUACCAGUUUCGCUUUGGAGUGAACAAAUCGGUCGGCCACGUUGACUUUUACCCUAAUGGCGGCACAGACCAACCAGGGUGUC